AAACCAGCACAUAAAUAUUCCCAAACCAGCACAUAAUAACAGAGCUUCAAUCUCCUCCUGUAUUCUCAACCCUAGUUUCGCUCAGGAAAAAAAAGCUCUCACAAAAGCUUCCGAAGAGAAAAUGCCGUUCAUUUCAGAAGCAGCGAGCGCAAUUAAGAGCAGAUUUGGAUUCCACAACCACCCCAACGACUCCGUUCCACAGGUCCGAAGCACUCCGGAUUUGCUCAAAUCCGCGUCCAGAGAGAAUCUCGCUCAGUCUUCGAUUGUUCGGAACAUACGCGACUGGGAUGACGAUGACGAUGGCAGAGCAGUUGCUAAUACGGAGCCGUCGUCGACGACUUCAUCUCAGAGCUUCGAGUUUCGCGAGGACCCCUCGUUCUGGAAGGAUCACAAUGUGCAGGUGAUAAUUAGGAUUCGUCCUCUUAGUAGUAGUGAAAUAUCUUUGCAAGGCUACGGCAAAUGUGUUCGUCAAGAGAGCUGCCAGGCAGUUACUUGGACGGGACAUCCAGAGUCUCGUUUUACAUUUGAUCUUGUUGCAGAUGAGAAUGUUAGCCAGGAGAACCUCUUCAAAGUGGCUGGAGUGCCCAUGGUUGAAAACUGUGUGGGGGGCUACAACAGCUGCAUGUUUGCAUAUGGCCAAACUGGAAGUGGGAAGACUCAUACAAUGCUUGGAGACAUUGAGGGAGGCACUCGAAGACAUAGUGUCAACUGUGGGAUGACACCCAGAGUCUUUGAAUACUUAUUCUCAAGAAUUCAAAAGGAAAAAGAGGCCCGGAGGGAGGAAAAGUUAAAGUUUACUUGUAAAUGUUCAUUUUUGGAGAUAUACAAUGAACAGAUUCUUGAUCUUUUGGAGCCAUCAUCUAGCAACUUGCAGAUAAGAGAAGACAUUAAGAAAGGAGUUUAUGUUGAAAAUCUCAAGGAGAUAGAAGUUACAAGUGCUCGAGAUGUUAUCCAUCAAUUGAUUCAGGGCGCAGCAAAUAGAAAGGUGGCUGCCACUAAUAUGAAUCGUGCCAGCAGCCGUUCUCAUAGUGUAUUUACAUGCAUCAUUGAAAGCAAGUGGGAAUCCCAAGGUGUAACUCACCAUCGAUUUGCUCGUCUUAAUCUAGUUGAUUUGGCUGGAUCUGAAAGGCAAAAGAGCUCUGGUGCUGAAGGUGAACGUCUCAAGGAAGCUACUAACAUCAACAAGUCACUUUCAACAUUGGGGCUGGUGAUUAUGAACUUGGUAAAUAUAUCCAAUGGGAAAUCACUCCAUGUUCCUUAUAGAGAUUCGAAACUUACAUUUCUGCUUCAGGAUUCUUUAGGAGGGAACUCAAAAACAACUAUAAUUGCAAAUAUAAGUCCUUCUAGUUGUUGUUCUUUGGAGACUCUAAGCACUUUGAAGUUUGCCCAAAGAGCUAAAUUUAUCAAAAAUAAUGCAAUUGUAAAUGAGGAUGCAUUAGGAGAUGUCAUUGCCAUGAGGAUGCAAAUUCAACAACUUAAGAAAGAAGUAUCCCGUUUACGGGGAUUAGUCAGUGGAGGCACAGAGUCUCAAGACAACGAAUCAUUGGCAGUAAGCUUUCCAGGUUCUCCAGGAUCCUUCAAGUGGGAUGGACUAGCCGGUUCAUUUAGUCCACUUACCUCUGGGAAAAGAAUGUCUCAGAAGAAGGAUUAUGAAGUUGCCCUUGUUGGGGCUUUCAGGAGGGAAAAAGAUAAAGACAUUGCAUUGCAGGCAUUGGCUGCUGAGAGUAAGGCAGCCUUGCAGCUGGCAAAACAAAGAGAGGAUGAAAUACAGGGCCUGAAAAUGAGAUUACGGUUUCGAGAGGCUGGAAUAAAGAGGCUGGAAGCAGUUGCCUCUGGAAAGAUAUCAGCUGAGACACACUUACUGAAAGAAAAAGAAGAACAUUUGAAGGAAAUUGAGGUCCUGCGGACCCAGGUUAAUCGAAACCAAGAAGUGACAAGAUUUGCGAUGGAGAAUUUGAGUCUCAAGGAAGAAAUUAGAAGGUUAAAGUCAUUUUAUGAGGAAGGUGAACGUGAAAUUAUGAAUCAACAAAUCAUGGUGUUACAGAGCAAGUUACUGGAAGCUUUGGAUUGGAAACUUAUGCAUGAGUCAGAUCUCUCAAUAGUUCAGAAAACAAAACCAGAUAUGGCAUUGGAAGUUCACGAUGAUGAUAAUCUACUGACUUCCAAUAAGGAGCCAGGAUUGCCUUGGCAGCCAUCAAUUAAUGAGGAGAAUGAAUUUCUCCGCAUGCAGGCCAUUCAGAAUCAAGCAGAAAUGGACUCACUCAGCAAGAACUUAGAACUCUGCUUAGAAGAGAAAGAAAAAUUGGAAAGGCAUGUCAAUGAUUUGGCAACGGAACUUGAAGAAGAAAGAUCUUCGAAAGCCAUGAAAGAAGGGACACAGCAAAUUGAGCUUCCUGCUUUGUCAACUGAUGUGCCUACUCUCAAUUUUAGUGAUCAAAUGGAGCUUAAAGCAAUGGUUGAUGCCAUUGCUGCAGCAAGUCAAAGAGAAGCAGAGGCACAUGAGACAGCAAUUAUCUUGUCUAAAGAAAAUGAAGAACUGCGAAUGAAGAUUAAGGUUUUGAUUGAAGAUAACAACAAGCUCAUUGAAUUGUAUGAGCGGGCUGCUGCAGAAUGCAAUUAUAAAAAUAUUGAAAAAGUUGAGGAUGCUCAAAAUAGCACUGAACCAUGCAACAAUCAUGGGCUAGUUGAACUCGACAAAGAAAAAGAGGUUGAGAUGAAUAAAGUUGAGAACUUAGAGCAUCAGCUAAUGGAAAUGCAUGAAGAAAAUGAAAAACUGAUGGGUUUGUAUGAAAGAGCCAUGCAGGAGAGGGAUGAACUUAAAAGAAUGCUUUCUUCUGCAGAAAAGAAGAUAGUAGAAAGCAAAGAAUUUGAUUGCACAGAAAAGCUUGUUGAAGUUGAUGGAGGGGUAAACAUUAGCAGAUCUCUAAUGUCGAUGGAGGCAAGAGAUUUAAUUGGUCAAACUGAUUUCCCUUCGAUGAAGGUGGAGGAUAUGGGAGAGACUCAAGAGUUUGAGAAACCUUUUGUAUUUGGAGAUGCAAAAAUUUCAAUUGAAGAUGCCAAUUCUUCGGGAUUCCAUAUGCAGGAUAGGCCCAGUCUUAUACAUGACAACAUGAAAAUGUGUAAUGAAGAAAACGAUUUCUCUACAUCGAAUAUCCAUGACAGAGAUGACCUAUGCCAUGCGGGUCUUCAAGCAGACUCGGUAAAUAAGUUUGAUGUUGGAACUGCCUCUAACAUGGAAAUAGAAUCAUCAAAUUGCAUGGCAGUGAAUCUCUCAGAAGAUUUAAAUUUGGCUAGGAUGAAGCUGGAAAAAGCAAAUGAACGACUUUUAGAUUCUACCAAAGCUAUUUCUCAAUUUGGUUCCCUUGAGAAACUAAUCACAGAGGUAGUUAAACUCUCGAGUGAAAUUGAAGUGAUGGAAGACGAAAUUCAGGCCAAGCAGCAGCAUUUUGAAUCCCUUAAACUUGUCUCUACUGAAAUGCCAGAAAGAAGGGCUCUUAUUAACAAAAAGUUAAUGGCUCUCAAGAACUCUUUAUCAAGCUUUUGUUCAUCAGUAGCCUACUUUGAGCAACGAGAAGCACGUGCAGAAGCAAGGGUAAAUGCAUCAAAAUCUUCUCUGAGCCAAAAGAAGGAGAAAUUGGCCACUGUACAGGUUCAAAAGGAUGAAAUUCAGGCUUCUCUAAGGAGUAUUCAACAAUCCGAAGUUGAAUUAGGUAACAGCCUUGCAUGCUUAAAAUUAAAACUGGAGGAAGAAAAACGGAAACAUGAGAAUGAAAAGGUUCUCUUCGCCAUAGACAACGUCGAAAAAGACUCAAAGAAAUGCUGGCAGAUGGGAGGAAAAGCUACUGAAUUACUGAAGUCCGAAGAAGCAAAAACCAAGCUGCAAGUGGAGACGAAGCUAACUCAAGAGAGACUGGGGGUCAUAAGAAAAGAGAUUGAAGAUUUGAAGAGGAAGUCCAUGAAGGUCGACAACGAAGCACAAGCUGUUCAAAUGGAGAUCGAGAAAGGUCUGAGGUCUGUGGAAGAGAUGGAGAAUGCCCUGCAGGGUGUAAUCCAAGAGAAAAAGACAUUGCUGGAAAUGAAAGAGAAUGGAAAAACCGAAAUGGAAAGUCUGAUUCUUGAAUACCAACAGCAUUUCUUUGAAGCUGAUUUGAAGGAAGCAGAGAUGACAAUCUUGGAGGAAGAAUUGCAGACAGUGUCGAGAAGAGUAGAAGAGUUGAGGAAAGCUAGGUCAGUGGCAGCUGAGAAAACAACCCAGUUGUUGGACACAGAAGCUAACUCAUGUUUCGUAGAGAAGAUGGAACAAGAGUUGCAAAGUGUUAGAACAUCAAUUGUAGAGGCAAAGUCGUUAUUGCUAAGAAAGGGAAACUGAAACCUGGUCAAAAAGUACUUCCUUGUACUAUUUCCACAACAACAACCCAAAAAAAAAAAAAAGACGAGCUCUCUUGUCAAUUUCUCUUGUAAUUAAGAGUCAUUUCACUUUUUGAUUUUUUGAUGUAGAAGUCAAUGUUAAAUUGGUUCUUUUUAUAUAUUUUGAUUGAAUUA